GCGUCCAUGUUUGUUCCGAGAAGAAGAGAAAGUUAUAUUAACAGCUUGAGAAGCUAGAAGAAGAAAUCUUUUAAAGGCUGGUGGGAAAUCUAACUUUAUGGUAUUAUUGUGAGAGCUUUGUGGUCCAGUAAUGUCCAUUGCAGUUGAAAUUCUAUGUCCUACUUGUGGAAGUGAGUUACAACCUGUUCAAAAUUUUGAAAGCAGGACUUUUGUCCAUAUUGAAGAUCUCCAGUAUGAUUGCACAGCAUGUGGGUAUAGAUACAGCUACAUUGAUGUUGCUAUUUCCGAUGAAACCACAACUGGAGAAAAGUCGCCAUCUAAGCCAUUUUCCUGCAGUAUAUGCAAUAAGCAGUUCGAGCAAAGUGGGACCAUGAGGAGACACAUGUACGUUCAUUCCAGUGUGCGCCCAUAUGCUUGUAAUAACUGCGAUAAAGCUUUUAAGACUAAGGCUGCUUUGAAACGGCAUAACAUCAUACACACCGGCGAAUGCCCCUAUGAAUGCAGCACUUGUAAAAGAAAAUUCAACCAAAUUAGUAAUUUGAGAAAACAUUUAGUGAUACAUAACAAUAAUUGCCCAUUUUUUUGUAAUGUUUGUGGGAAAGGAUUUAAUCAGCUCAGUAAUCUGAAGAAGCACAUGGUAGUUCAUAAAGAACAUACAGUUGUCUCGGACAGCAGUGGUAAGCCUGAACAUUCUGUCAUUCCUAUUGGAAUGGAAAAAAAUGUCAGUCGUCCAGUUGUGACACAUUUGAGACCCGCAGAUAUGUAGCUCAGAAUGAUAACUAUUUAAUUCCUUUGAUAAAAAAUACUUUGUAUUUUGAAAUU